AUGGUUUUCACGAGGUCGUCAGUCGCAGCUGAAAAGAAGCUCGAAGGGUGCGCUGCUACGCUAAAGGCAGCGCCCUCGUCAGCAGCCAAGAAGGCGACCAAGAAAUCUCAGACCGCCAAAACGAGCAAACCAAAGAACAGUGUGGACCCGUCCGCCAGAAAAAUAUCGCCGGCUUCUCGAAAGAAGAAGGACAAGACAACCCCCGAGAAACGGAUCUUUGCAACAGAGCUAUGCAGAGAUCUCCCCUUGCUUUCGUUGGAGGAUUUGCUUCCCGUCACUCUUGUGAAUCGCCCCUCCAAGCGCAAUCGAUCUCCUUACGUGGCUGAUGUCUCGGUGGCUGCACAAGAAGAAGAAGAGGCCGCCAACACCGCUGACUCUGCGCGGGAAGCGAUUUGCCAUGUCCCCAACUUGGACAUGGGCGGAAAAUGUUCCCCAGGAGCAACCCUGUUGGUCAAACGAGCUCGCGACAAAAAGGGGAAUAUAUUGGGACCCAAUGCUGUGAAUCCCAAGUACGGAACACCCAAAUGUGAAUUCAUUGCGCAACUGUUACGAGUGGACGAAACCGCCCUGGGCUACAAACCUGCCGCCUGGGUAGGAGCUCAUCCAUCAUUGGGGGAGAAAAUAGCGGAACAGCUACUAUUGAGGAAUGCGUUACAACCACAGCUUCCCAAAAUCAAGAGUAUUCAACGAGAAGUCCGCAACGUCGCAGGGGCUGAUAUGCGAGCCGAUUUUGUCGUCCAUUUUGAGGAUACCAGCCUCAAGCCCUGCGUCUUGGAAGUCAAGACAGUGGUAGAUACAGACUACGCUCCUGACAGGACUCCUACCCAAAGAACCAAAUGCGUCUUUGUCAACCACAUCACCCCUUACCGUCGAGCUGGAAUCUUUCCCUGGGGGCAAUCCAAUCAGAAGGGGCCGAAUGGGGAAACUGUCGUGUCAGCCAGAUCCAUCAAACAUGUGAGAGAACUGACCCGUAUGGCACAGGGCGAUCUGGUGGGUGCCAGUGGCGAACUGUAUCAAGCCGCUGUCUUGUUUGUGGUGAUUCGACGAGAUGCAGAUUAUUUUCGUCCCAAUCAUGAAGCCUGUCCAUCCUUUAGCAAGUACCUACGGCAAGCCCAAGAGGCGGGUGUCAUGUUGCUGGCAAAACGAGUAGAUUGGGGUGAUACGCCAGAGACUCUUGGGCAAUGUCAGGAAGGACCUUUGCUAGAAAUUGAAUGGCCAGAUCUCCAGGAAACAAGGUAG